AUGUAUCAGUCAUACUUCAGUACAUUGUUUACAUCUAGAGAAUCUCAUCUCAUUCCAUAUAACUUAUUACAAAAUGUAUGUAUUUAUUAUUUUGCUCCAUCAGUACAUGGUAACUCAGCUGUGAUAAAGCAAGCUUACCAGAAGUCUUUAGACAAUCUCGGUGUGGAUUAUAUUGACCUGUUUUUGAUCCACUUCCCCGGUGCUGCCAGGCUUCCUUCUGGCGACCUGAGAAAUGCUAAGUUGCGAGCGAGUACUUGGCGAGGGAUGUUGGAUCUAUACGACGAAGGCUGCGUAAAUUCCAUUGGUGUUUCUAAUUUUGCUCUCAAGCAUUUCAAGGAUUUGAAUAUGAAGACCACUGGUGUAUAUCCAGUGGUUAAUCAGGUCGAGUGGCAUCCAUAUUACUAUCAGGAAGAUUUACGCGCCUACUGCAUGAAGAAUGAGAUUUGCCUGCAGGCCUACUGCUCAUUCGGGGGUACUUCCAAUCAAGACACGACACUCUUAAAGGACCCCGUAGUGAAGGGCAUCGCUGAGCGCCACGAGGCUACGCCCGCGCAGGUGCUUCUGGCCUGGGCGCUGCAGCAGGACGUGGCAGUCAUCCCCAAGUCCGUGGACCCAGCUCGUAUCCGUGAGAAUAUCACUAUUGAAUUUCGCCUCACCGAUCACGAGAUUAAAGCCCUCAAUAAUCUAGGAAACAAGAAAAAAAAAUACGCUUGGGAUCCGACCUCGGUGCGUUAA